AUGAAGGGCAAGGUCGUCGUAACUGUCCUCACUCUUCUCCUUAUCUCCAUGGCUGCAACAAAAGGUAUGGCCCUGGCUCGCUCGGGGAUUGAACUUCGAUGCCUGUGCAUAGACACCCACUCUCGUUUCAUCCAUCCCAAGUUUAUUCAAAAUGUGAGACUCAUCCAAAGYGGACCACACUGCCAGAAUGUUGAAGUCAUAGCGACUCUGAAAGAUGGCAAAGAAUUGUGUUUGGAACCCACUGCUCCGUGGGUGAAGCUGAUCAUCAAGGCAAUUUUGGACAAGUGA